AACCAAAUUUGGUUACUUUAUCUUAUAUUAUGUGUAUAUAUUAUAGUUUUAUAAUGUCUUUGUUGAAUCAUAUAGUAUGACAUGUGUGGUUUAAUAAGUUUGCUAUUAUUAUUAAUCAAAAACCCAAAUCAUGAUUAGUUAAGUUGAGUGUAGUAGCUCUUCUUUGAGUGUUAUUAGAAGGGGGAAGAAGCCAUGGAGAACAAGUCGUGGCGUUGGCGGAGGAAAUCAUCGGAAAAGACGGUAGUUGAUGAUGGAAGAGCUAGUUUGUCUCUGGAAGGAGAUGUAGAAGAGGGUGAAGAGAGAGUAGGACCUGCGAAAUGUCUGAGUAAUAUUAGUGACAAAUCAGCCUCAGUCAUAUGUGACUGUAAUGCCAAGGAUGAACUAAUCAGAAUGCACGCACGAAUAGCAGAACAAGCACUAGCAGGUCAAAAGAUGGCAGCAGCAGAGGCAGCAUACUUCAAGCAAGAGUUAGACAAAGCGCUGCAGCAAGGAGAGCCAGCUGAGCAAAAACUGGCUAAUCUCAAUGCUGCAUUGAAGGAAUGCAUGCAGGAGAUAGAGUCUCUCCGAGAUGGGCAGAAGGUGUUGGUGGAUUUUGAGAAGGAAAAGAGGAAGUUGGAUGGUAAAUUAGCCGAAGCUAGCAAAAGGAUGGUAAACCUAUCAGCUGAAAAUGCCAAUUUGAUGAAGGCCCUUCUCUACAAAGAGAAGUUGGUCCAAGAUCUUGAUAAGGGAAAAGAGGAGCUGGAAGCUGAAUUCGGCAUGCUGAUGGACAGGUUAGAUUCAGCUGAGAAAGAGAAUACGCUUCUUAAGUAUGAGUUCCACAUGAUGGAGAAAGAGCUGGAAUUGCAAAACGAGGAAUGGAAAAACAGCCGUAGAUCAGAGUUGGAAAAUGCAAAGCAAGUAAAGAAGUUAGAAGCCGAAUGCCAGGAGUUACGCAAUCUAGUUAGAAAAAGGCUUCAAGGUCUAAUCGCUCCAUUGAAUACAAAGAGGUCAAAUCCGAGGAUGGGGGAUUCUCCUGAAAAAUCUGGCAGGGGAACAAGUUUCCUCAUUGACAGGGCAUUCAACAUGGAAGAGGAAAACAAGAUGUUGAAAGAGAUGCUGGCUUUAAGUAACGGUGAACUUCGGUCUUGGAGAGUCAAAUAUGGUCAGAUGGCAUCUAGAGUAGCAGAACUUAAAGCACAGCUCAAUGAGCUUUCAGAAGCUGAAAACUCGAUGCAGUUGGCUAUAUCUGAUCUUGGCCUCAGCAAUUAUGAUGAAGUUUGUGAUUCUGAAUCAUGGGCUAAUGCUUUACUAGCAGAACUCGAACAGUUUAGACAAGAGAAAAACAAGAAUGAGCCAGAAAUGGAGAAAUAUGCUAUAGUAAGCACGGAUACACAAGGUUCAGGGAAGGAGUUACAGUCAACCAGUAAAGAACUUGUUCCAAUUUCUGUAGAUAGUAUGAGCAACAAAGAAAAAGGGUUGCUUAGUCAGGGGGAUUCUUGGCUGGAUAAGAUCUUAAAAGUGAUCUUGGAAGAACAUCGAGUUUCGCAAAGAAAUAUGGGUGAGCUUUUGCAAGACAUUCUGAUUGCUUUGGGUUACGAUAAUCUGCAGAAAAAUGAUAAUCACAGCUCAGAUAUUCGUGGUCUUUUGACAUGGAAAUCUUCAGAUUCUACUCCCACAGAAAGUUCAACUCUUGCAAGCUUUUUAAGCAACAGUAUGUCAGUGGAAGACACCAAAGGUCAGAAUGUAACAGGUGGUUCAUUCGCGAGUGAAAAGAUAAGGAAACGUUUCAGUAUUGACAGAUCAAAAAGUGACAACCGAAUGGUGGUUGGCUCUCUUAACCGUCAUGAUACACUUGCUCAGAUGAUAGCAAUUCAAUCAGCAAUGCAUGAAGAGAACAGACAAGUGAAGGAGAAGCUUCAAAGUGUGAUUGAAGAAAAUAUAUCUCUAGGAAACCAACUUCAAGAAUCAAAGCAAACCAUUGAAAGUCUAGAAAGGGAGCUAGAAUCUCUCAAGGAAUCAAAAGGCCUUACUGAGGAACAAGUAGAAAAUGAGAGGUUGAUUAAUGAAGAUCUUGAUACACAGCUUACUGUUGCAAAAGCCAAACAAAACGAGAUCCUCCACAAAUUAUCAUCCUUGGAGGUGGAGUUGGAGGAUAAGAAUAAUUGCUGCGAAGAAUUGGAAACAACAUGCCUUGAGCUUCAGCUUCAGCUAGAAACGUUCAGGCUCUCAAAAAAGGAGUUUCCAGAGAAUGACACAAAUCAAGUAGAGAAGAUACUGAGAACAGAAACAAUUCAAAAUUUGGCCAAGCAACUCAAGGCAUUGCCAUCACCAGAUGCAACACAAUUUGAUGAGCUUCCCUCUCCUGAUACUACUUCAUUAAAGAUUCAGAAUUCCUCAUUGAUUGAUAACAAGAGCCUAGCCAUACAACGCUCUACUCUCCGUGAUCGUAUGUUGGAGGACAGUGGUGAUCAAACAGAUGGUCUCAAGAAUCUAAGAACUAAAGAAGAAGAAAGUUAUGAAAACUCAGAGAAGAAGAGUGUCAACGAUACAGAGUUCAAAGCUCUGCCUCCUCCUCCUGGGCUAAAGGUCCAAUCUCUUGAAGAAGUGAGCACAUUAGCUCUUGUGCCGAGUAAGAAGCCGGGUGGUGGGUUUGGUUUUAUCAGGAAGCUGUUCUUGAGGAGGAGGAAAGGCUCCAGCAAAACAAAAGCUGCUCCAUUGCAGCGUAACACAAGCACCUUGAAGAAACAAAGGGAUGUCUUGCUUGUGAUUUAGUAUAGUAUAUGAACUUGAAUCCUUCUCCCUACUCUUAAAUUUUUUUACAAAACAUUGAGUAAGGAGCCUUUUGUUGCAAGCUAGUGAUCAAAGGCACUAAAGUUUGGGGUUGCAUGUACAUAAUCAAGCAGUAUGAAUUCUUAAAGUUACAAGGUUGUAAUAAUACUUUAUAUGAUUAAAAAAAAAAAAUAUGUACUUCUGU